CCAAGUCAGAGCUCGAGUCGGCUGGGCGGCUGGAAACGGCGGCUGCCGCCGGUGACUCAGGGAGGCGGGAGGCGGGAGGCGGAGUAAGAACGCCGCGGCCUCGGCUGCCGGGGGAAGAGGAAGAAAGGGAGGAGUCCUUCCUGCAGGCGUGGAAACCAUGGUGCUCACGCUCGGGGAAAGUUGGCCAGUAUUGGUGGGGAAGCGAUUCCUCAGUCUGUCCGCAGCCGACGGCAGCGACGACGGCCCCGGCAGCUGGGACGUGGAGCGCGUCGCCGAGUGGCCCUGGCUCUCGGGGACCAUUCGAGCCGUGUCCCACACCGACGUGACCAAGAAAGAUCUGAAGGUAUGUGUGGAGUUUGAUGGGGAAUCUUGGAGGAAGAGAAGAUGGAUAGAAGUCUACAGCCAUCUAAGAAGAGCAUUUUUAGUGGAACAUAACUUGGUUUUGGCUGAGCGAAAUUCUCCUGAAAUUUGUGAACGAAUAGUUCAGUGGCCUGCCAUAAUGUACAAACCUCUGUUGGACACAGCUGGCUUGGGAUCCAUAACUUCUAUUCGUUUUUUAGGAGAUCAGCAAAAAAUAUUUCUUUCUAAAGAUCUUUUGAAGCCUAUACAGGAUGUAAACAAUCUUCGACUUUCUCUUAUGGAUAAUCAGAAUGUCAGUAAAGAAUUUCAGGCUUUGAUUAUGAAACAUUUGGAUGAAAGUCAUCUUUUACAAGGUGACAAAAACUUGGUUGGUUCUGAAGUAAAAAUUUAUAGCUUGGACCCUUCUACUCAGUGGUUUUCUGCAACCAUUGUAAAUGGCAACCCUGCAUCAAAAACUCUUCAAGUCAAUUGUGAGGAGAUUCCAGCCCUGAAAAUUGUUGAUCCAUCACUAAUCCAUGUUGAAGUUGUCCAUGAUAAUUUCAUGACAUGUGGUAAUUCUACAAGAAUUGGAACUGUAAAACGCAAAUCUUCUGAGAAUAAUGGAAAUUUGGUUUCCAAACAAGCAAAAUCUUGCUCCGAGGCCUCUCCCAGUGUGUGUCCUGUACAGUCAGUUCCCACAACAGUGUUUAAGGAGAUCCUUCUUGGCUGUACUGCAGCAACUCCACCUAGUAAGGACCUAAGACAGCAGAGUACUCCUCAAGCUGCCAACUCUCCACCUAACCUUGGAGCAAGAAUUCCUCAAGGGUGUCAGAAGCAAAGUCUACCAGGAGAACUUUCUUCCUGUCUAGUUACAAAUCCUGAAAUACAAAGAACAAAACCAGAAACUAUUUGUAAAGUAGGAUUGCUCUCUUCAAAGUCUUCUCAGAUUGGAAAUGGAGACUUGAAAGCCAUGAAUGAACCCCAAAGUAGCUGUACCCAGCUGAAGGCAACCACUGAUGAAGAAAAUAGUUUGGAACCUAUUCCUCAACCAUCUACUGGUCUUCCUGUGGAGUACUUACCUACAAAGUCUUCUCUGGGAGAAUUAGAAAGUACUAGUACUCCUGAACUUCAGAAGCACUUAGAACAUGCACCUUCCACAUCUGAUACUCAUUCAAAUAAGGCAGAAGAGAAAACAGGUGAUGCUGAUAAACGUAGUAUUUGUGUGGAAAAAAAGGUAGAACCUUCAACUUUAGGUUGCCAGUCACAAAAUUUAAAGGAAUCUUCAGUAAAAGUAGAUAGUGAAAGCUGUUGUACAAGAAGCAACAAUAAAAUCCAGAACGUCCAAGCUCGGAAGUCAGUUUUGACAGACCCAGCCAAACUCAAGAAGCUUCAGCAGAGCGGUGAGGCCUUUGUACAGGAUGAUUCCUGUAUAAACAUUGUUGCACAACUGCCUAAGUGCCGAGAGUGUCGUUUGGACAGUCUCCGAAAAGACAAGGAGCAACCCAAAGACUCACCUGUGUUUUGUCGCUUCUUUCACUUUAGGAGGUUACAAUUCAACAAACAUGGUGUGUUACGGGUAGAAGGCUUCUUAACACCAAACAAGUAUGACAGUGAGGCAAUUGGCUUGUGGUUACCUUUAACCAAAAACGUUGUGGGGACUGAUCUGGAUACAGCUAAAUAUAUCCUGGCCAACAUCGGAGACCACUUCUGUCAAAUGGUGAUUUCUGAAAAGGAAGCUAUGUCAACUAUUGAGCCACACAGGCAGGUUGCUUGGAAGCGAGCUGUCAAAGGUGUUCGAGAAAUGUGUGAUGUGUGUGAUACCACCAUCUUCAAUCUGCACUGGGUGUGUCCUCGAUGUGGAUUUGGAGUGUGUGUGGAUUGCUACCGCAUGAAGAGAAUAAAUUAUCAGCAGGGUGCUACUUACAAGACUUUCUCCUGGCUAAAAUGUGUGAAGAGUCAGAUUCAUGAACCUGAGAACCUAAUGCCCACACAGAUCAUUCCUGGAAAAGCUCUGUAUGAUGUUGGAGACAUUGUUCAUUCUGUAAGAGCAAAAUGGGGAAUAAAGGCAAAUUGUCCCUGUUCAAACAGGCAAUUCAAAAUCUUUUCAAAGCCAACUUUAAAGGAAGAUAUAAAACAGACUUCCUUAUCUGGAGAAAAAUCCACUCUGGGUGCCAGUCUCCAGCAGAAUCCCUCCGCGCUGCAGCCAGUGACUGUGGGCGGGGAAGCUGCUUCUAAGCCAGCCAGCAGCCUGAAACCUGCCUGCUCUGCCAGCUCCUCUCCUCUAAACUGGCUGGCAGAUCUGACCAGUGGGAACGUCAACAAGGAAAACAAGGAAAAACAACCAACAAUGCCAAUUUUAAAGAAUGAAAUAAAAUGCCUACCACCCCUGCCCCCUUUGAGCAAAACCAACACAGUCCUUCACACCUUCAACAGCACAAUUUUGACUCCUGUGAGCAACAAUUCUGGUUUUCUCCGAAAUCUGCUGAAUUCUUCUACAGGAAAGACAGAAAAUGGACUAAAGAAUACACCAAAAAUCCUUGAUGAUAUUUUUGCCUCUCUGGUGCAAAAUAAGACCUCUUCUGAUAUGUCUAAGAGACCUCAAGGACUGACGAUCAAGCCUAGUAUUUUGGGCUUUGACACUCCUCAUUACUGGCUGUGUGAUAAUCGUUUGCUCUGCCUGCAAGACCCCAAUAAUAAGAGCAAUUGGAAUGUAUUUAGGGAAUGCUGGAAACAAGGACAGCCAGUGAUGGUGUCGGGAGUGCAUCACAAAUUGAACACCGAGCUUUGGAAACCCGAAUCCUUCAGGAAAGAAUUUGGAAGCCAGGAAGUUGACCUAGUUAAUUGUCGAACCAAUGAAAUCAUCACAGGAGCUACUGUAGGGGACUUCUGGGAUGGAUUUGAAGAUAUUCCAAAUCGCUUGAAAAAUGACAAAGAACCAAUGGUGUUGAAACUUAAGGACUGGCCACCAGGAGAAGAUUUUAGAGAUAUGAUGCCUUCCAGGUUUGAUGAUCUGAUGGCCAACAUUCCACUACCUGAGUACACAAGGAGAGAUGGUAAACUGAACUUGGCCUCUCGACUGCCAAACUACUUUGUUAGACCAGACCUUGGUCCCAAGAUGUACAAUGCUUAUGGAUUAAUUACCCCAGAAGAUCGGAAAUAUGGAACAACAAAUCUUCACUUAGAUGUGUCUGAUGCAGCUAAUGUCAUGGUCUACGUGGGAAUCCCCAAAGGACAGUGUGACCAAGAAGAGGAAGUCCUUAAAACCAUCCAAGAUGGUGAUUCAGAUGAACUCACAAUAAAACGAUUUAUUGAUGGAAAAGAGAAACCAGGAGCUCUCUGGCACAUAUAUGCUGCUAAAGACACAGAAAAAAUACGAGAAUUCCUUAAAAAGGUAUCAGAAGAACAAGGCCAAGAAAACCCAGCAGAUCAUGAUCCUAUUCAUGACCAGAGUUGGUAUUUAGACCGAUCGCUAAGAAAGCGUCUUCAUCAAGAAUAUGGAGUUCAAGGCUGGGCUAUUGUACAGUUUCUUGGGGACGUGGUAUUUAUCCCAGCAGGAGCUCCACACCAGGUUCAUAACUUAUAUAGCUGUAUUAAAGUGGCUGAAGAUUUUGUUUCUCCAGAGCAUGUUAAACAUUGCUUUUGGCUUACUCAGGAAUUCCGAUAUCUGUCACAGACUCACACCAAUCAUGAAGAUAAAUUGCAGGUAAAGAAUGUUAUCUACCAUGCAGUGAAAGAUGCUGUUGCUAUGCUGAAAGCCAGUGAAUCUAGUUUCGGCCGGCCCUAAAGGUCCGAGUGACGCCUUAACACCCCUGCACAUUGGAAGUGAAUUACUGGCAGCUGUUCAAAUUCUUCAGGCAGGAUUCCUGUGGACUUUGAGAUUCAUGUUACCUCAUCUUCUUUUUUAAACUGUACCCAGCUGGUGAGGGUACUUGUCUAAUGUAUAUUUCUAGUGUUUACAGACACUAAUGUGUAUAUGUAGUAACUAUUUACGGAAUAUGCAUCCUUAAACUGUGACUAGUGCAGAACUUCUCCCAAGCUGUAAAAAACAAAAAAUUCUCUUAUCAGCUCUGGAACAAUGCCUGUGGUUAUUCCCCAGCUGUUUCACUGAACAGCUUAGUCAAAAUGGGUUUAUAACUAUUAGGAAUUACUGCGCAGUUCUAUUUGGUUGUAUUUUGUUUUAUGUCUGUCUGAGUAUUCUCUCCCCAGUCCCUUAGGAUUCAGAAGAGCAGUGGAGGAAAUGACAGCUAAUGAUGCAGUUCUUAAUAGAGACUGCAUUAGGACUGGCAUUAUAAUAGCAGAAAUCAACUACUGUACAAUUCUUGGGGUUAACCAUCUUUUUUAGUUAAGUGGAAUUUUAAUUUAAAUGAAGCUUUGCUAAUUUUAAGUGUUACGCAUUUUGCAUUAAAGUAUUCAUAUACUA